AUGUCUUCCUCGAAGUUGACGGACUUCAAUCCAUAUGAGCUGAGCGACAAGGAAAGUAGGGACUUUGACGACUUGAAGCAGGGAAUCGACAACCGGAAUGAACGACUCACAGGAGCAGAAUGUGGAGAGCUGCCCAAAUGGGACUAUCCUUUGGGUAUAAUCAAGGAAGCGCAAGAUGCGGCAAAGAAGCACCGCGAUCUUGUCAGUGGCAGGCUGACCCGGCUUUUGGAAUGGCCUACUAAGAAGGAGGCCGAUGGAAACCUUUUCUACGAAGCAGAUCCACCCAACAACAUAUUUAAUCGAAGCAAGGAAUGGUUUAGUGAGCAAGGGUUUCACUCUUUCGAGACCCAAUACUCGUUCUCGGACGGGUGGGACAAACAGUCUCUCACGGUGGCAAUCUACGUACCGCAGCAGUUACCAGAUGAUCAAAUGUCGCCCGUUAUGUGGAUGUUUCAUGGUGGCGGGUUUUGUACUGGUGCUGCCGACUUUAUUCCAUGGUACUCGCAAAUUGCCGUUCAAAGAGCCAAGCAGAAGAACGCCAUCAUCAUAGCACCAAACUACCCUCUGGGACCAGAAGGCAAUUACGUCGACAUUUACCGAGCGAUUUACGAUUUCCUCAGGUGGUACAAAGAGGACGGGUACUUUAAAAAGGUCUGGGACGAUACCGAGGAUAAAACCAAGUCUUGGCAGGAAUGGCUAUGCCGCGAGGUCGCAAACAAGGGUGGGAAGCUCGCCAUCGAUAAGGAUCAAGUGUAUGUUGAAGGUGAAAGUGCAGGCGCGCAUGCAGCCGUGACUGCGAUGUGGCUCAAUGCGGCGAAAGACGGAGGACUGAAAAUCCCCAUUCAAGCGGCCCUUUUGCGGUUCCCCAUGAUUGCGCAUUACGAACGCGAGGCAGGAGAGAAAGUUCCCUACAUGGGUGCGGACCGGUCAAAAGUAGAGAUAAAAGAGCGAGCCGAAAGGGUGGCGGAAGAAAUCCUCAGACUCGAGAGAAUGGGUGUUGUGCCAACCUGCACAGGUAGACCACCUCCUCGCGGCAUGGUCUUUGCUGUCCUCUUAUCCGUUUCAAAGAAAUGGAAGCCUUUCUUCCAGCGCCAGCACGGAGACCCUACGCUAGACAAAACGCUAAACCUCGAUGAGGAAGGCAACAUUGACGAAACGCUCAUGGAUGGAAUCGAGAGGGCCGAAAUAUGCGCAAACAGAGUGGAUCAUGAGCUCUUACCACCCAUCUACAUUUAUCACGGCCAUAAUGACACCAACUGUCCCAUUAAAAACACCGAAAAGUUCGUUGCGACGCUCCGGAAACCCGAACUCUAUGGCGACCGGUUCAAAGACACCGAAACGCUUUGCUUGGACGUUGUGUGGGAGUUGAACAAGAAGCCAAAAUUCGAUCAGGCAAAGGGGAUGCAUUAUGUACAGGACACAGAUGUUGGCCAUGGUUUCGACUACGACCUCGAUGAGAACCAGGAGCCAUUCUUGAAAAACGCUUACGACUGGGUGAGCCGUCAUUGGGGUCCUCAGAAGUGA